GUAGAAGAAGCGUCAAGAUGGAGUCUGCUGGAGGCUGAAGGGACCAAAGCACCUCGUUCACAGCCCAACGUCGACUGAGAGCUCCAUGUUCCCGCAGAGAGCAGCGGCACGAACCGAAGAGGCUGGCGGCUUCAUGACCCACAGAUAGCGGACUCUGCAGCGGACACUGCUGGUUUAGCCCGUCAUCAUGGCCACAGACAUCGGCUCGCCGCAGCGGUUCUUCCACAUGCCGCGCUUCCAGCACCAGGCGCCGCGGCAGGUGUUCUACAAGAGGCCGGACUUCGCCCAGCAGCAGGCGAUGCAGCAGCUCACCUUCGAUGGGAAACGCAUGAGGAAGGCGGUGAACCGCAAAACCAUCGACUACAACCCGUCUGUCAUCAGAUACCUGGAGAACCGUCUGUGGCAGCGAGACUAUCGAGACUUCCGAGCCAUCCAGCCCGACGCAGGAUGUUACAACGACCUGGUUCCUCCUAUCGGGAUGUUGAACAAUCCAAUGAACGCUGUCACCACCAAGUUUGUCCGAACCUCCACCAACAAAGUCAAGUGUCCUGUGUUUGUGAUCAGGUGGACUCCUGAGGGUCGACGUCUGGUCACUGGAGCGUCCAGCGGAGAGUUCACUCUGUGGAACGGACUCACCUUCAACUUUGAGACCAUUCUACAGGCCCACGACAGUCCGGUGCGUGCCAUGACCUGGUCUCACAACGACAUGUGGAUGCUGACUGCGGACCACGGCGGCUACGUGAAGUACUGGCAGUCCAACAUGAACAACGUCAAGAUGUUCCAGGCUCACAAGGAGGCCAUUAGAGAAGCCAGUUUCUCCCCCACAGAUAAUAAAUUCGCCACCUGCUCAGACGACGGAACCGUUCGGAUCUGGGACUUCCUGCGAUGCCAUGAGGAACGGAUCCUCCGAGGUCAUGGCGCUGAUGUGAAGUGUGUUGACUGGCAUCCCACUAAGGGCCUUGUGGUCUCUGGCAGUAAAGACAGUCAACAGCCAAUCAAAUUCUGGGACCCCAAGACUGGACAGAGUUUGGCUACACUUCACGCCCAUAAGAACACGGUGAUGGAGGUGAAGUGGAACCUGAAUGGUAAUUGGCUGCUGACGGCGUCACGUGACCACCUGUGCAAACUGUUUGACAUCAGAAACCUGAAGGAGGAGCUGCAGGUGUUCCGAGGACACAAGAAGGAGGCGACGGCUGUUGCCUGGCAUCCCGUCCACGAAGGUCUGUUUGCCAGCGGAGGUUCUGAUGGUUCUCUGCUCUUCUGGCACACCGGGGUGGAGAAGGAGGUGGGAGGGAUGGAGAUGGCUCAUGAGGGAAUGAUCUGGAGCCUGGCGUGGCACCCGCUGGGUCACAUCCUGUGCUCCGGCUCCAACGACCACACCAGUAAAUUCUGGACGAGGAAUCGACCAGGCGAUAAGAUGAGAGACCGUUACAACUUGAACCUGCUGCCGGGGAUGUCGGAGGACGGCAUGGAGUAUGACGACAUGGAUCUGAACAGCAUGGCCUGCAUCCCCGGUAUGGGGAUCCCCGAGCAGCUGAAGGCCGCCAUGGAGCAGGAGCAGAGCAGUAAAGAGGCAGCCCCGGAGGUCGAGAUGUCUAUCCCUGGUCUGGACUGGGGCAUGGACGAAGUUAUGGGUAAAGACGCCAAGAAGGUCCCUCAGAAGAAAGUGCCCUACGCCAAACCAAUCCCGGCCCAGUUCCAACAGGCCUGGGCGGACAAUAAAGUUCCCAUGAUGCCGCCCUCUGGAGAUCAGUCCAAAGAGCGAAAGGUGGAGCAGAAGGUGGAGGGGAAGAAGAAAACUCAGGCAGAGAUGGAGCAGGAGAUGGCAGCUCUACAGUACACCAACCCUCUGCUGCUGGAGCAGAUGAAGAUGGACCGGAUGAGCACAGACGGGAACAUGGGCCCCCCACAGGGACAGGGCCCCAUGCCCCCCUUCCCUGGCCCCGGAGGCCCUGCAGGUCCUGGGGCCCCUAUGCCUCCAGGCCAGCAGGGAUUUCACCCAAACAUGCCUCCUCAGCAAAUGCCCCCCCCAAUGGGCCCUGGAGGUAUGCAGCCCCCUUUCAUUCCCUCUGGACAAAUGGGGCCCCCUUCAGGACCUCAGCCUCACCAGGGGCCGCCUCAGGGCAUGAUGGGACCGCCAGACAUGCAAGGACCUCAAGGAUUGCAGAGACAUUCUGGCCCUCAUAGAAACAUGGGUGCUCAAGGGCCUCACAGUAUGGGGUCUGGACCCAGAGGGAUGCAGGGCCCUCCUGGUGGGAUGAUGGGCCCUCCUCCUCGAGGAAUGGGUCCAAGGGAUCCUCAAGGGCCUCCAUCUCAGGGGGGCAUGAUGCCACCUCAAGGAAACAUGAUGGGCCCCCAGGUUCCUAUGCAGGGUGGAAUGAUGGGCCCCCCACCAAGGACACACAACAACAUGCCAAACAAUUAUGGGAUGGGCAACCUGCAGGGGCCCCCAGGAGGAAUGCAUGGACCUCCAGGAAAAAUGCAGGGGCCCCCUGGUAACAUGCAAGGACCCCAUGGUAACAUGCAGGGCCCCCCUGGCAACAUGCAAGGACCCCAUGGUAACAUGCAAGGGCCCCCAUACAUGCACCAGGGUCAAAACUCGGGACCCAUAAUGCACGGCAUGGGGCCGCAGGGGCCCAACAACAAAGGAGAUCCCCGGGGGCCCCCUCCUAACCACCACAUGGGCCCUUCUGACCGACAGGGUCCUGGAGGACCAGACCAGGGAUCUGGGCCGUACUGGGCGGACAACCAGCAGGGUCGGCGUGGACCACAGGAAUUUGAGGGAGGCCAGGACUUUCACGGCAGAGGAGAGGAGGGCUGGAGAACAGGACCUGGACCAGGAUACCAGGGAGGGGGGGGACACAGGGGGGGAGGACACAGAGGAGGGAAUGGAGGGAACUGGGGUCCUGACGAAAGGUUCAGUGGAGGAGAAUUUAGAGGACGGAGAGACGACAGGUACAGAGGAGGCGGCCCUGGCCGGCCUGGAGGGCGUGGUUACCCUGAUGCGUACGGCGGCCAGGAGGAGGGCUUCGACAGCCCGGAGGAGAUUGGCCGAGGCUGGGACACCGGAGGCAGAGGGAGACCGCCUCGAGGAGGAGGUGCCCCCAGAGGAGGAGGUCAGGAUGGUUAUCGGGACGGUCAGCAGAUGCAUGAUGGGUCUUCACCAGCUGGUCGUGAGCGCCCGUCUUCCCUUCAGGGGAUGGACAUGGCGUCUUUGCCCCCCCGAAAGCGUCCAUGGCAGGAUGGACCAGGAACUGGAGAGCGAGAGUCCCCCGGAGCUGACGGAGGUCGACCCCCCCAGAGGGAAGAAGGCAGCUACGGCCCGUCUGGUCGAGGUGGACGAGGAGCCUGGGGGCCCGGAGGCCCGGGACCGGGCCCCAGGAGGGGGGGACCACCACCCAGAGGAGCACUGAGGGGAGGCGUUCGUGGCCGGUAGUCCUGAUGGAAAAACUCCCAUGAUCCUCCUGUCCUUUGGUUGUCGCCGCCGGUCCCUCCAGACCUGAGACCACACCCUGAUCCUGACCCCCCUCGGACUGAUGUUUGGUCAUGUGACACACAGGUGUGUGCUGCUGCUGUAGAGAAUGGUGGCUUGUGAUUGGAGGGACUGAGCAGGUGACAUUUUAAUGUAAUAUACUGUAGAGAAGCUCCGCCUCUUUUAUUUCACCCAAUCUUUUGUCUUCAGCUUGUUUGUCGUUUUUUGUAAAAGAUUUCUAUGUUUUUAUGUCUUCACCGACUCCACCGAGGUGGACAAUAAAGAUUCACACUUCAAA